GGCGCGCUCGAAGCCGCGUCCCGGCCAUGACCCUGCGGCGGCGGCGGCGGCUCCGGCCGAAGGAGGAUGCGGUGGUGGCGGCGGCGGCCCCGGACCUGCCCGGCCCCGCCGCCGUUUACCGAGCGCUGGCGGCCGCCGGGGGCACCCUGCCCCGGGUGCGCAAGGGUGCGGGGUUCAAGUGGGGGUCGAGCCAGUCUCCAGAGGAGCACAGGAGGGUGGUGACGCUGGAGAAGAAGGCAGAAGAGACCUUUGGCUUCGAGAUCCAGACCUAUGGGCUGCACCACCAGGACAGGAACAGUGUGGAGAUGUUCACCUUCGUGUGCCGGGUGCAUGGUGGGAGCCCGGCUGAGGCUGCAGGGCUCAAGGCUGGGGACACAAUCACGGGGGUGAACGGGCUCAACGUGGAGGGCGUCCGGCACCGGGACAUCGUGGAGAUCAUCAAGAGCUCGGGCAAUGUGCUCCGACUCGACACGCUCUACGGGACGUCCAUCCGGAGGGCUGAGCUGGAGGCCCGGCCCCCUCCCCUGCAGCAAACGCUCUAUGAGAAGUGGGGCGAGUACCGCUCGCUGAUGGUGCAGGAGCAGCGGCUGGUGCGGGGCGUGGUGGCCAAGGACCCCAGCAUCUACGACACGCUGGAGUCGAUCCGCUGGUGCCUGCAGGGCGAAGGGGGGCUCCCCGGCGUCCCCCGUGCCAGCGGCAGCGAUGACUCCUUGUACCAGACCUGCCUCUUCGCCUCCGCCGAUUCGCUGGACCGGGACAAGGACGGGGACAGGGACGGGGACAGGGACGGGGACAAGGACAGGGGCACCUCGGGGCCCGCCCCCCCACCGCGCCCCCGGCCAGCCCUGGCCCGCAGCGCCAGCCUCAAGUGUGGGGCGGGCCCGGGGGCGCGGUUGUGGGGCCAGGCCGGGAACCCCGGGGAGGGGGCGGCCGCUGCCCCCCGCAAGGGUCGGCACAGCAGCUUCCGCCGGCGGCUGCUCAAGUUCAUCCCGGGGCUGAACCGGGCGCUGGAGGAGGAGGAAAGUCACCUCUAACGGGGGCUACAGAGGGGUCACCUCUAACGGGGGUACAGGGAGGACAAUGACCUCUAAUGGGGGUACCAAGAGAAG